AUUCAGAUUAAAACAAUGAUGUAUUCAUUUUGGACCAAGUGUCAGUGUUCCUUCGUAGUCUGCGUGGUCGCGUGUUGUAACAUUGAUGUUAGUUGAGCUCAUGCUAAAGCUCUUGGCAGCAGCUCGUCUUAUCUACUAAGCCAGACACACGCACACGCCACUAUCUGCGUAACGGCAUUUAUUCCAAAAAACGACGAGCUCUGUCGUGCACUAAUUUUCCUCAAACGUCACGAUGUUUCCACCUAUUCUCUUGGCGCAGAUACUUUUCCUUAACAACUCAACGACGCAGGGCUCAGACGGUCCUUUUAGUCAUUUUCCAAACGUGUCCAACAUGUCUGUGGAUUGGGUAGGAUACGGAUACGCAACUCUAGUCGCUUCCGGAGGUGUCGUCGGUUACGUGAAAGCAGGCAGCGUCCCCUCCUUGGCUGCUGGUCUCCUGUUCGGGGGCCUCGCAGGUUUUGGUGCCUACCAGAUCUCCAAUGACCCCCAUAAUGUUUGGGUGUCCCUAGCUACAUCAGGAGCUCUCAGCGGCAUCAUGGGAAAGAGAUUCUACGCAUCCAGGAAGUUCAUGCCAGCUGGUUUGAUGGCUGGUGCAAGUAUCCUGAUGGUGGCAAAGUUGAGUGUGGCAUUGCUCCAGAAACCAGUGGAAACCUGAUGAAGCAAACAUCUCGAAACAUGACGAAAUAUCAUUUGCUCACGUAGAUCUUCAUGUAUAUGUUUUUUGAAAUAUAAUGUUUAUAAAGAAA